ACGACACUAUUUACUUUCCACCACAUGCUUGGCGGAGCCUUUAGGAAGAGAAACGUCGGCCUGCGUUUUAAUUUUCUUUCAGACUUUAUGAAGAUUUGAUCUAUCAUGGACGGGGAUGUGCUCUCUUUGUCAUCUUGCUCAUCAUUGCCAUCAGCAGCAGCAGGAACGCAGAAAGAUACGUCACCGAAGAAUGACAGCAGCCUCCCUGAGAACCAGCAGGAACAAAAAUCAGAUCAGGAAUUAUGGACAGAGGAUGUGAGUCCCGUGGGCGACCGGCUGCUGUCCACGGAGGAGCAGGUCACGCUGAUCACUGAGAGCAUGACCGUCACCUCCACCGACCAGGAGAAACUGCUGCUGCUCAACAAGAACACCGAGCUCCGCAGAGUCAACAAAGAGCUGAUGAAGCUGAAUGAGGACUGGGACCAGGUGUACCGCAGCGCCACGUUCAGUCUGCAGCACAGAAUGGAGGCUUUGGAGCUGGAGAACACUGCCAUCAAACAGCUCAACGGCAGGCUGCUGCUCAAAGUCGAGCACCAACAGAGUGCAAAGGAGUACUACGAGCAGGCGCUGAUGCAGGAGCUGAAGAAGAACCAGGAGCUGCAAGAAUACAUACGACUGCUGGAGAGCAGGAUGCACCACCCAGACAAAGACUGCACACCUGCCAAACAGGGCAGCUUCAGUGCUGUGACACACAGUCCCGUGCCAUGCCCCGCCACUAAUCAUCCCGGACGUCCCAACCUGUCACCCAGUCACGUCUCUGGGUACAACCCCUCAUCCUCCUUUUUCCCAGCUUCUUCCUGCCCAGAGGCAGGGCGGCAGGGAAAAAGCCAGAGCAGCAGUGCCCUGCCGGGAGCACUGGGAGACCCCCAGCAAGAAGUGCAGGAUCUAAAGGAGCAGCUGGAGGCGCUGAGAUGUCAGACCCAGAUUUACGAAGCAGAAUAUGAGACAGAGCACAACGACCACAAGCACACGCUGCAGGAGAACCGCAGGCUGAAGAAGAAGAGGGAGGAGAUGCGCCAACAGGUGGCACUACUGCAAGAGCAGCUCAAGGUGUAUGAGGAUGACUUCCGACGGGAGCGGUCUGACAAGCAGAUGCUGCAGCGGCUGCUGUUGAAGAAAACGCCUCCCAACAAGGACCCCGUGCUCAUCCACCGCUGCAAUAAUGAGCAGCAGCCACUAGGAGGAGACAAGAGGACACAAAGUGCAGAGAAAAGGAGUCAGCACCACCCACUCUGCCCCAAGCACCCAAACAGGGACAAAGAGUCAGACUGAGGAGGGAAAACAAAAACAAGCACAAGCACACAAUAACAUGAGGUUUUAAAUAAUGUAUGAGUUUAACAUGAAGCAAUAUAGCAUCAUUACACAGAUGCUCCAUGGAAUUCACACCACAGGUGAAAUUGGACAAUUUUAGCACUCUGUCACACUCACAAACAGCACUUUUAUCUGAGCAAAAUGCACCGUUUGCUCUUUCAGGGUUCUGCUUGUUGCCCUUCUUCAUAAAGAAAGGUUACACAUAAAGAUUAUAGUCUGCAUUGUUUUUCUGUGUGUUGCUUUACAGAAACAGUCACCACAUUUUGUAUCUAUACAUAUUUAAUAUAUCUAAUAUAGCUCUUUCUAAUAUAUCUCUUUCUCUAAAGUUUGUCGUUUGCUUACUCUUAUUAUCAUACAUUAACAACUAUGAGUACUGAAAAUAAUAAGACAAAUAAAGCGUGCUAAGUC